AUGGCCAUGUCGACAAAGAUCAGAGUCGCGGUCAUUCAGUUGCACUCGAAACCCCUCGAUAUAGAGGGCAACUUUACAAAGGCUUGUGCAUUCAUCCGCCAAGCAGCUGAACAAGGAGCUCAGCUAGUUGUUUUGCCAGAAUACCAUUUGAAUGGUUAUGUACCUGAAGACCCUAUUUAUAUUCAGCAAGCUUCUCAAUACAAGAAAUAUCUGGAUCAGUAUUGCGUCCUAGCUCGAGAGCUUAGCGUUUGUCUUGUCCCAGGAACGUUUGUUGAGCGACAUCCAGCUGCCGCUCAAUCCUCUGGCAAUAGAACAUUAAACGACCUAGACGGAGACUAUCAACUAUUUAACACUUCGUACUUUAUUUCUCACGAGGGCGAAAUUCUGGGAUCUUAUAGGAAGAAAAACCUCUGGCACACCGAGCGCUCCCACCAAUCUCGUGGCUGGGAAAAACAUUCCGCAAUAUCUACGCCUUUGGGAAAAGUAGGACUUUUGAUCUGCUGGGAUCUUGCUUUCCCAGAAGCUUUUCGCCAAUUGGUGAAAGACGGCGCAGACAUCAUCAUCGUGCCCACCUGCUGGACGCUCGACGAAUCCCACGCCUAUGGGCUAGGAUUGAAUCCCAACUAUGAAAGUCUAGUUUUAAACACUAUGAUCACAUCGCGUUGCUUUGAAAACACUUGCGCCGUUGUGUUUGCAAAUGCCGGUGGGCCUUCGCACACGUUUGUCGGACUAUCGCAGGUCGCUUUGCCAUUUGUAGGCGCUGUCGAUGGGAUUUGGGACAGCUCAGAGAAUUUCUUUAUUGCUGAGAUUGAUAUGGAAAUUUUGAAGCAGGCGGAGCUUAACUACAAAGUGCGAGAAGACAUGGCAGAAAAGGAUUGGCAUUAUUGA